AAAAAUAAUUUCAUCCUACAUCCGAAUGUACCAUUACAGUGUCAAUGCCCAUUUGUGGACUGUCCAAUAUGCUGAAGAAAUUGACCCGAAGUAAAGUACUCAGCUUUGCAUUUGAACACUAAAUGAGUUUGAGCUCCGACGUAUACGAAACAGAAGUAGAGGAGAGACUUGCUUGAAAAUGAGAUACUUGAUCAGAUUCCGGUCCUUUCAUCCAGAAUCGAGGACCAACCUUUUUCGCCUCCACUUCUCUAGACUUAAGCUUCUCCCUUUUCGUUUUUCAACACUCUCCAAAUCAUCCAAGCCUCCACAAACGAAGAAAACCCCACAAACCAACUUGAAGAACCAAGCUGAAACAUGUAGCAUACCCUCACUCUUCCAUGAAAUAACUGACAUUUUAGGAGUUGUUAACGUUACCUCGGAUGAAACCCCAUCUGGAUUUUCAAUAUCCCCACAAACCAAUGCGAGGGAGCUUGAGUUUAUAGAAGAAUCAUUGUGUAGAAGGCCAGCUGUUUGUCAAAAUGCCCAGGAGAAGAUUAAAUUGGUGGAACAGGAGGAGAAUACCCAGAUGGGAAAUUCAGUUGAAUUUGAUGUUAGUGCAGUGGUUCAUGAGAUAACUAAGAUAGUUAGAGCUGAAAAUGCCUUGGUUUCCAUGGAGGAGCAGUUAGAAAAUUCAGGGUUUUCAUUCGAACCAGAGAUUGUUGAAAAAGUGUUGAAAAGGUGCUUUAAAGUGCCUCAUUUAGCUUUUAGAUUCUUCAACUGGCUGAAGCUUAGAAAAGGGUUUUGUUAUACAACUGAGACUUUUAAUACCAUGCUGUAUAUAAGUGGGGAGGCUAAAGAAUAUGGGCUGCUUGAGAUGCUAUUGGAGGAAAUGGACGAGAAAUCUUGUAAGAAAGAUAUCAAGACUUGGACAAUUCUUAUCUCACAAUAUGGGAAGUCAAAGUUGAUUGGGAAAGCGCUGGAAGUCUUUGAAAAAAUGAAGAAAUAUGGUUGCGAACCUGAUGAAGUGGCUUACAGAAUGAUGAUACGUGCACUUUGCAACGCUGAAAAAGGUGACAUUGCAAUAGAGUUUUACAAGGAGAUGAUUGAGAUGGAAAUGAGCCUUGAUUUGAAUUUGUACAAGAUGUUACUGAAUUGUGUAGCUAAAUCAGGAGAUAUUGCUGCUGUUCACUUGGUAGCUGAUAACAUGAUGAGGGUCUCUCAGGUUCCAGAGCAGGAAGCAUAUGGUUAUGUAUUGAAGAGUUUCUGUAUUUCUGGAAAAAUCAGGGAAGCUUUAGAACUGAUUCGUGACCUUAAGGAAAAAGAUUUGUCUUUGGACCCUCAUUAUUUUGAGAUUCUGGUCAAAGGAUUGUGCAGGGCUGAUAGGAUUGCUGAUGCUUUAGAAAUUGUUAAUAUUAUGAAGAGAAGACAACUGGUCAGUGAGAAGGUUUAUGAGUUUAUCAUCAAUGGGUACUUGAGAAGAAAUGAUAUUUCUAAGGCAUUUGAUCUUUUCAAAAGCAUGAAGCUAUCUGGGUACUUACCAACAGUUUCUACUUAUACAGACCUAAUACAACGCCUCUUUAAAUUGAAUGAGUAUCAGAAAGGCUGUGACUUAUACAAUGAGAUGCUAGAGAAAGGGGUUGAGCCUGAUAGUGUUGCACUCAUGGCCAUGGUUGCAGGUCAUGUUUCCCAAAACCAUAUAUCUGAAGCAUGGAAAGUGUUCAAUAGUAUGGAGGAUAGGGGCAUCAGACCCACUUGGAGAACAUAUUCAAUAUUCAUUAAGGAGCUUUGUAAAGUUGCAAAGACAGAUGAAACUUUUCGGGCUUUGAGCAAAAUGCAGGAGGCAAAGAUAGGGAUUCGAGAUGAGAUAUUUCAUUGGGUUAUAUCUUGCAUGGAGAGGAAGGGAGAUAUGGGUAAUGUUGAAAAAGUAAAGCAGAUGCAGAGAAUGUGUAAUCUUCAUUCAGAAGCUAGUGAGGUAUCGAACAACAAUGGCUUCAAAGGACAGGAGCUCCUUUUGGAGUUGGACCAUAACCAUUCAGAGUCUGAGAGGACAGAUUGUCACCUGGGACAGCCCCUUUCAAAGGCUUAUAACGAGCACGCCCUGGAAGAAGUUUAUAAAAUAUUAUCAUCCUCAAAUGACUGGUGCAUCAUUGAAGAAGCUCUGGAGAGAUGCACCGUUAAGUUUACACCAGAACUUGUUGUGGAAAUAUUGCGAAAGAGCACUUCGCAUGGUAAAAUUGCUCUAAAUUUCUUUUCAUGGGUAGGAAAGCAAGUUGAUUAUUGGCACACUUCAGAAACGUACAACAUGGCUAUAAAAAUCUCGGGAUGCGGGAAAGAUUUCAAAAACAUGAGAAGGCUCUUCUAUGAAAUGAGAAGGAGAGGUUGUCUAUCACCGGAUGCAUGGGCAAUCAUGAUAAUGCAAUAUGGUCGAACAGGUCUAACACAAAUUGCUUUGAGGACUUUUACUGAGAUGAAGACUGAUGGUUAUAAUCCAACUGCGAGUACCUACAAGUAUUUGAUUAUAUGUCUCUGCGGGAAGAAAGGCAGGAAUGUAGAUGAAGCCAUUAAAAUAUUCCAAGAAAUGAUCCGUGCUGGAUAUACCCCCGACAAAGAGUUACUGGAAAGAUAUCUUACUUGUUUAUGUGAAGUUGGCAACCUCUCGGAAGCUAGAAGCUGCACAGAUUAUCUCCGUAGGAUUGGAUUCACAGUUCCACUUAGUUAUUCCCUGUAUAUUAGGGCACUUUGUCGAGCAGGGAGACUGGAAGAAGCUUUAGAAAUAUUAGAUGACGUUGGAACAGAACGAUCCACAUUGGAUCAGUAUGUUUAUGGAAGCCUUGUCCAUGGACUACUAGGAAAGGGUCGAUUAGAACAAGCAAUGGCUAAGGUGGAUUCAAUGAAGCAGGCUGGCAUGCAUCCAACUGUCCAUGUUUACACAUCCUUGAUAGUUCAUUUCUUCAAGGAGAGGCAGAUGGAAAGCGCAUUGGGGAUUUUCGCAAAAAUGGAAAAGGAGGGUUGUCAGCCAACUAUUGUUACUUAUUCUGCAAUGAUUCGUGGCUACAUGAACAUGGGAAAGGUUGUCGAUGCCUGGAAUGUCUUCCGUCACAUGAGGCUGAAGGGACCCAAGCCUGAUUUUAAGACUUACUCAAUGUUCAUUGCCUGUCUUUGUGAAGCAAGUAGAUCCGAAGAAGCGAUGCAGCUUUUAUCCGAAAUGCGAAACUCAGGGAUCGUUCCUAGUACUGUCAAUUUCCGAACAGUAUUUUUUGGACUGAACAGAGAAGGUAAGCAAGAUUUAGCUCAAACUGUAUUACAACAAAAAUCUGCUCUAAAAUGUGAGCGCAAGUUUUUAACAUGAUUCUUUUCCCCUUUAUUCUUGUU